GACGGCCCGAACGACUUUACGCGCCGAAGACGAAAAGGCAAUUCGAUCGCCCCGUCGUUUCCCCGAAGUCAACAAAGACACCGUUCUUGUUCAUCUUCUUCUUCUUCGCAAUCAGCCUUCAUCAUUAUCGUCUUCAAUGGCGUCGAUCUACGCCUGCAAGGAAUGCGGGGCCAACCUCAACCUCAGCACCCUCCACCUCUAUCCGCCGGACUUCUACUUCGAGGCCGGGAACAAGGACUCCCUCUCCUUCUCCUCCGUCGACGCCUCCAAGUUCCGAUUCGAGAAGGAGGACAAGAUCAGGCCCUUCUUCGAGACCCUCAACUACUGGGGCAUCCAGCGGAAGCGGACCAAGAUCAUCUGCAACUCCUGCGGCCGCGUCGUCGGCCACGUCUACGACGACGGCCCUCCGAUGACGGACAGUCCCGGGCAGUUCCACAUGGGCCCGAGCCAGGUGAUCCCUCGGGCUCCGAGGUACAGGUUUAAGAACAAGACUCUACACGUGACUUCUGAGACUUGAGAGGGUUUCCAGUGUUCUUUUUGGGUGAACUGUUAGGGCUUCAAUAUUUUCGUUGUUGGGGGAAUUGGUAUACGUUGGCGUUGGUAUAGUAUGGAUUGGCUGGUUGUGCUAUACGGAUUGUGAUACUCUCAGAGAAGUGCUAUGUGUAAAACAGAGUACCCGCUUCGCUGUUGUUCUAUACUUGCUCAAUAAAAUCAUGAACUGAGUUGAUGGUCCA